UCAUUCACCUUCCCAGUAAGCAGUAAUGUGUAAACCCUCUUUCCUCAACUACUUUGACCUUACUUUCCCAAAUUAAAGCUUCGGUUUUUACCCAAAAAAAAAAAAAAAACUCUAGUCAGUGAGCUCACAAAUACCGUACGAGGAGAGAGACCACAUCAAAAAUCAGAUCUAAGAGAAAGAAGAGAUAAAUACUAGUUAUCAGAGAUGUGAGAGAAAGAUAAAUACCAGCUAUGCCGUCGUCGAGAGCAGAAUCCGUGGGCUAGGCGUGAUGCCUUGAUAGUGAUGCAUGGACGCGACGGCGAAAUGAUGGGCAUGCUGGCGGCAGCGGUGCGACUAUCUUGAGCAGAACAAGGUUUCUCAAGAAGGAGCAUCUUCCACAAAAAGCGAUGACAAUAUUCCAUCUUUUUUUGUCACACUUCAUCCACCCUCAACUCAAGUAUAUGGUGGCCAAAAUGACUCUCCUGGACACCAUAUUGUUCUGUGUUGUACACCUGGUAGACAAGCUGGACGCAUGGCACAGACUACCAGUAAUUAUUGGAGCUGCUUAUCUGGGAAUUAGAAGACACUUGCACCAACGUUAUAAUCUAUUGCCGGUCGGAGAAAUCAAUGGACAGAGAUAUAACACAGAAGAAUUUGCCUAUAGGACGGCUGAUGGAAAGUGCAAUCACCCUAGUGAUGAUACCAUUGGUAGCCAAGGAACCUUUUUGGGUCGAAACAUGCCUCCAUCAUCUUCACCAUAUGGGCUGUUAGAGCCCCAUCCAACAGUAGUAGCAUCAAAGCUUUUGGUGAGGAAAAAGUUCAUAGACAAUGGGAAGCAAUUCAACAUGAUAGCCUGCUCAUGGAUACAGUUCAUGAUUCAUGACUGGGUUGAUCAUUUGGAGGACACUGAACAGCAGAUAGAGAUCAGAGCUCCUGAUGAAAUUUCAAGUGGGUGUCCCUUAAAGUCUUUCAAGUUUUUUAAGACCAAAAAAGUCUCUAUUGAUUUGUGUCACCUCAAGAAUGGCUCUCCGAAUACAAGGACUCCUUGGUGGGAUGGGAGUGUAAUUUAUGGGAAUGACAAGGAGGGCAUGAGAAGAGUGAGGACAUUCAAAGAUGGAAAAUUGAAGAUCUCAGAAGAUGGGCUGCUUCAGCAUAAUGAGAAAGGCAUUCCUAUCUCAGGUGAUGUUCGAAAUUGCUGGGCUGGCUUUUCCCUCCUACAAGCGUUAUUUGUCAAAGAGCACAAUGCUGUAUGUGAUAUGCUAAAAGUAAAUUACCCUGAUUUGGAUGAUGAGCAGCUCUAUAGGCACGCAAGAUUGGUGACUGCAGCUGUCAUUGCUAAAAUCCACACCAUUGACUGGACCGUUGAACUCCUGAAGACCGAUACUCUUCUAGUAGGGAUGAGGAUAAACUGGUAUGGACUUUUGGGGAAGAAAUUUAAGGAGUUACUUGGACAUAUAUUGGGAUCAAUACUGAGUGGAUUGGUUGGUCUUAAAAAGCCGAGAGAUCAUGGAGUUCCCUAUUCACUAACUGAAGAGUUUGUAAGCGCCUACAGAAUGCAUUCACUUCUACCUGAAACACUUGUCCUUAGGGACAUCACGUCUUCAACUUCAGAAGACAAACAUCCUCCCAUACUACAUGAGGUCCCUAUGAGGGAAUUAGUGGGUAUUGAAGGAGAGAGAAAAUUGUCAACAAUUGGAAUGGAGCAAAUGCUAGUAUCAUUGGGUCAUCAGUCUUGUGGGGCACUCACAUUAUGGAACUAUCCAUCAUGGAUGAGGAACCUUGUAGCCCAUGAUAUUAAUGGAGAAGAUAGACCAGAUCCUCUUGAUAUGGCCAGCUUGGAAAUUUAUAGAGAUAGAGAGAGGGAAGUUCCCAGGUACAAUGAGUUCCGGAGGAACUUGAUGAUGAUUCCUAUUAGCAAGUGGCAAGAUUUGACAGAUGAUGAAGAAGUCAUCAAAGCUCUCUAUGAUGUGUAUGGAGAUGAUGUGGAGAAGUUGGACUUGCAAGUUGGCUUAAUGGCAGAGAAGAAGAUCAAAGGCUUUGCAAUCAGUGAGACUGCUUUCUUUCUCUUCAUACUAAUUGCUUCAAGGAGGCUAGAAGCUGAUCGCUUUUUCACGUCCAGUUUCAACUCCAAAACAUACACACAGCAAGGCCUAGAAUGGGUUAACAAGACUGAGACUUUGAAGGAUGUGAUUGAUCGGCAUUUCCCUGAAAUGACGAGGAAAUGGAUGACAUGUUCAAGUGCAUUCUCAGUGUGGGAUUCAAUGCCAAAUCCAGUGAAUUACAUACCCCUGUACCUGCGACUAUCCACCUAAUAUUCAUCUAUUUAGUACUUCCAAUAAGUACGGAUAUUUGGUUGUACGUCGUUUUCUUAUAGACGAGAGUUUAGUAUUAGCUCAAAUAAAUUGCUAUAUACUAAACAGAAGUAUGUGUAAUUAUAUGCUAGUGAAAUUGCCGUGUGAAAUGUUAUUUUAAUACAUCUGUUAAGAAUACAAAGUGAGAGAGAAAGACUGAAUAGUCUGUAUAUUCUAUGUAAAAUAAUAAUGUACAAUAGAGAGCCUUAUAUAGGCUAAGUAUGUGUACAGUACAAGUAAUAUGAGUAAACUACAAGUACAUUAUAUUGGGCUAA